AUGCCACUAAACUCCAGCAGAAAAGAACUCAAAACGACCGCAUGCAGAUCUUCCCGCCGAAUCCGGGACGCUCAGAGUCGGCCGGAUACUUCCUCGGCACUUUUACCCUGCCAGGGUGGUUUUUCCGGGCAUGACCGGAGUAAUGCCGAAGCUCAAGUCUGGAUCGGCUCAGUUUCAGACCUCGCGUGCGAUCCAAUCACAGCGAAAAUGUUGAGCGAGGCGAGAACGCCACUCACCUCAUUCCACUUGAUGCCAAGCGGACCGGACGCUCUUGCGAUGCACAUUUUGUUGGUUGUUGUUCGGUGUUUAGCGUUUGAUCUGGAUCGCAUGGGUGAGGUAAUCAUGGUCAUGUGCCUGACGCUGCGAGUCAGCCAGCCAGCCCGCUCGUCCUCUCUCCCGCUCUCCCGCCCGGAGUGCUGUCGCUUCUGCUGCCGCCGCCAUCAUUACUUUUUUUCUAUUCGAUCAGAUACAUCUCCAGUUACCCAGUAG